CAGGAUUCGGGCCUCGAUUCUGGAAUGGCGGAUGGCGCCUUGGCGGCGCAACCUUCAGGGCUGACUGCCAGCUUUCCACGUGCUAGUCACGCCAGCGCUUUUCCUUCCUCUGCUCCUCGUUCCCAGCAAUUCAAGUUGCGCGGCCAGCGCAUUCGAUCAACAACCUCACGCCGGUAUCCGACUGCGAUUGGCCGGACUCGGAGGAGGCGGAACGGAGCCGGGCACCGCGAUUUGGGCAGCGAGAUGGACACCCAGCUCUGAAACCGAAUCAUGGACCCAUCGCCGCCCAGGGGAGCCCCAUCCCGUCCAUUUCCGGGCGACAAGGACAACAACACCCACGACCUGGUCCCACCGCGAGUACGCUUCGCCGAGGGGGAACCCCAGGCCAGUUACAAGAUUUACCAGUCGCAACCACGGCCGUACAGUCCAUCUGCUGCCACCGCAUCGUCAGCCGCGCUGCGCCCCGCGCCCCCGCAGCCUGCCGUGUACUGGGACGGGGAUGACGACCGGGACAGCGACGUCAGUCCUGCGGGCUACACUUUCUACCGCGAGGGCACGCCCCCGCCUCCCGAGUACGAGACCUCGGAGAAGCAGUCGGGCUACGGAGGCGCGCUGCCACCCGCCGUUGCCGACGGGUCGACUGCCGGUGGAGGCACCAUAGGGAGCGAUCGCGGCUUCGCUCCAGGGGCCUUCAGCCAGGGUGAAGUAAGCAACUGGAGCAUUGCCAACAGUAAUGAUGAUGUCACCCCGACGACCAAGAGAAAGCUGCUUUGGGUGAUCCUCGCCGUGGGGGUCCUGGUAGUCAUUGGCGUCGCUGUUGGCGUUGGCGUUGGUCUGGGUCUCGGCUUGUCCAAGGCGCAAGACUCGGCCGUGGCGCCCACCGUCCCGUCAAGCUCGCUACCAGCUUCGACAUCAGAGACGAAUCCGUCUCAAGCGAGCCCGUCCACCCGCGCCCCCAGCAGCAGUGAGACGGCCGCAGAAACGACCACUGGGCCGGCGUCAAACCCGCGACCAACCUACAACUCCGACUGCCCCGCUUUAAACAAUACCAUUUACCACGUCCCUGGCUCGACCAGAAGCUUCUUACGCACCUGCGGCAUCGACUAUGGCGGCAGCGGCGCCACUGACCUCGGCCAAGCUUAUACAGAGAGCAUGGCGGAUUGCAUGCACACCUGUGCCUCGUUCGACCAGUGCACUGCAUGUUCCUGGGGCUACCUUGAAGGGGACGAGGGCAGCAAACACCGCUGCUACAUGAAGAAGGACCUGAAGCAGUCUCACGUCGCGGCAAGCGAUUGGUGUUUUGCCAUUCUGCAAUGAGCUUCAUGGCAAGUCCUGUUUGUGACCACGGAUAGGGGGGGAGAUAGGAGAUACCCCCGUACACACGAUUUGAAGUAUUUGCUAAUAUAUAAUGAAUUAUGCCCUAUUUCACCU